UAUACCACCCACUGCCCUUAAUAUGGAGCAUACCACCCACACAGAUAAGGGGGGGGAGUUAACUGUAAAGUCUCUCUUCUCUUUCGGUUGCCUUCAACUUGCGCCGCAUUCUGCCAUCCACGCCGCUGCUCUCGAUGCAGGAAAGGCUUUGGGCUUGUUCCCAAGAUAUAACAGGGCUAGUUUCCAAUAUGUAAUUUUCCUCUCAGAGCCGGCGUCCUUGGUUGGGUCUUCUUUCGGGGCGUCUCCAUAGCGACCGAGAGAGGCGGCCGGCAAGAUGGCGGCGGCCUAGCCCUCCCUGCCCCGCCGCAACUCCCUUAGGCGGCGAUUUUGACCCGCCGCCAUGGUCGUCUGGCGGCUUCUUUGGGGGACUUUGCUGUUACUUUCCAGGGCUCGGGCCCAGGAUGGGCCUCCAGGUUUUCAGCCUUCCUUUAUCCACAUGUCUGGGUCUGUGGUCACUGCCUCUUUGGCUGGCAGUCCAGCAGCUGUUUUCUCUCUUGCUGUGGCAGACAACGAAACAGGCCUGCUGCCCCUUGAAGAUUGUAGUGGGAGAAACAGGAUGGGGGAUUGGAGUUUGACUGUCACCUCUCAAGGGAAUGUUUCCAGAGUGAUGGUGCGCCUGACCAGGAGUCUCCAAAUGUGUGCUUCCAACCUCACUGAUUGCUGCCCAGAGGCCCUCUGCUUGGUUGACGCUCUGCAGGUUUCAGCUUGCCAAGACUUGGUGGUGGUGGCCCGUCUGUUAAUCCAAGCUGAAAUAUACGCCAACAUGUCCUUGGGAAAUAUGACAGGAAAAGUAGAAGAUAAUGCAACAGUUAUCCCCAAUCAAGUGUUCCAGCCGUUGGGCUCUUGUCCUUGCAACCUGAUAUCCGGAGCCUGUGAUAUCCGUUGCUGCUGUGAUCCGGAAUGCACCUCAGAGAUGAAGCAACUGUUCAAUAGGUCUUGUUUUAAAGGAGUGUUUGGUGGAGAUGUCAACCCAACGUUUGACCAGUUGUGUUCUGCCCAGACAGGAAACAAUAUCCCUGACUGGUUUCCUUUCUUAUGUGUGCAGUCUUCCCUUAACAAUACACCUUUUCUUGGUUAUUUCUAUCACGGGACUACGUCUUCAUCUCAAGUCACUGCAUUUAAGAUUCCAUCUGAAACUGUCCCAGGAAAAAUGUCUAGCGGUUACAAACAAGGUGAUCCAAUUCUGACUGCACAAAAUGAGUAUUUUACAGUUCCUCAGCAAUUCAUAGCUGGGCAAUGUGCAAGGAAUGCCCCUGUUGCGUUCCUCCAGAAUGUUGAUGCUGAAUGCCUCGCUACUUGCAAUGGAGGAGGUGGCAUGAUGCUGAAUGUUGCAAUAAAUAGUGGUACCGGAGACAACAUUCAGCCACAGGUGACCUAUGAAACAAAGACGACAAAUAUAGCUAGCUGCGCUCCUAGAGAAUGCAAAAAUGUGACCAUUGCAGAAGAUUAUACCAUCACAUGGGAAGGCAGGAGAAUAAUAGAAAUGAAGGUCAGAGUCCUUUCUGGAGCAAUAUGUCCAGAAGAGUUACCAAGACAGAGAUUCACUAUCUCCUUUGUAAGUGUAAAUACUACCAACACAGAAGAAUUGUCUGGGAAUCCAGGUUAUCAAGUUGGCAAACCGAUUAGAGCGGCAAAUUUGAAUUCUUCUGAUGCUGUUACCACUUUGAAUCUUUGGAAACCUGAUGGCACAGGUCUGUGCACUUCGGCAAGCCUCACCCCACUUGCGUUUGGAUUCAAUAUGGUAUCUGGAUGCAUUUUAGAAGUUGAUCUUCAGGAAGACUGCGGACAGCUAAGGGAGAAUGUUACUGAAAGGCUGAAUUCCUUGGUGCAAGCGAGCUAUGUCGGAAAGACAGGCAACGCCAAUUCGAGUGUCCCAGAUGACUGGGUCGAAGUCAUUCGUUUAGAUGCACUUGAUUCCACUACAAAUGCAAGUGUUGGGAAUUUAAAAGGCAUUUGCCCUGAUAUUCCUGCUCACUUAAACAUUCAGAUUAUCACUGCUGACGUGGGUGCAAUAGAAGGGAUUCCCCAGCAGGAGAUACUAGGCGUACAGCUCAGUUUUUCGACAGUAACUUGGCAAGUUCAGUGUCCAGUUAUCUGUGAAGAUAAAGCCAGCUCUCUUCCUAUCUCUGCUGCAGUACACUUUAUUAAAAUACCAGCUCAACCCCCAGUUCCAAUGACAAGAUUUCAGAUUAACUACACAGAAUAUGACUGCAGGAGAAAUGAUGUUUGCUGGCCAGAGCUUUUUUAUCCCUUGACACGCAGCUACACAGGGGAACCAUACGCCCACUCGCUUGCCAAAGGCUUGAUAUUGGCAUUUUUCAUCCUAAUUGCGGUGGUGCUAAGUGAUCCUUGGAGAAGAAUCUCUAAAAUGUGGAGUAAAACAUGAACCUGUUUAUAUGUAAAGGGAGCCAUUUUAACAAUGUUUUUUUAAACUGUGUUUCAUAAUUGGUACUUUUGUAAAAUUUGUAAUGAAAGAGAAGACUUUUUAAAAUGUAUAUUUUUUAUAAGGGCAAAAAAUGGCAAAAUAAAAAUGUGUAUGUAGAAAAAUA